AUGGUUCCUCAGCCCGAUUUCUAUCCUACCCUACACCGCGUCCGCGAUCUCGAAAGUGCCGGAAUACAAGAUCUACAGCAGAUCAUCCAGACAUUUCCGGUGAUCGACAAUCAUGCACAUAACUUGUUGACGGAGGAAAAUUCCUAUGGCAGUCCAGAAUAUCCUUUCGAAUGUAUCACCUCUGAAGCGCAGGGUCAUGCCCUGGCAGACCAUGUUCAUUCAAGUUUGGCUCACAUGCGUGGGAUCCGAGAACUGGCGGAGUUCUACCAGUGUCCCGAAACUCUUCAGGAUGUCAAGGCCGCCCGAUACGAAUGGGUCCGGAGAGACUACCCUGGUCUGAUCAAAAGAUGUUUUGCAGGAACACAUGCCAUUCUGAUGGAUGACGGUCUGUCUCCUGAGAUCAUACACCCGUUCAAGUGGCACAGGGAGUUUGUCCCCACCGUGUCAAGAAUAGUGAGAAUCGAAUCCAUUGCGUCGGAAUUGCUCGAGCAUCUUGCUCAUGCCGCUGGUUUCAUGAGGGUCGGGCUGGAUGCCGAUUGGGCUAUCAGUCAGACUGAAAGCUUCCUCGUGCGCUUCAACACAGUUUUUCGCAACCAGAUCCGCACUUUGGCCAAUGACCCAGAGGUUUGUGGCUUCAAGUCUGUCAUCUGCUACCGAACGGGUCUAGACGUUGGGCUUGAAAGCCGGAAGAACUUCCGGCCUCAUCAGUCGUUGACCGAGUCCACGCUCUUGCAGUCUUUCCAUGAUUUCCUACAAAAGGCGGUUCGCGACCACAAAUACCGCAUUGAGCAGAAGGAGGUCAAUGACUAUCUUGUGGUUGCCGUGUGUGACGUGCUGGAGAAGCUUGUAGACACAGAUGGUGAAAGCUUGCCUUUCCAAUUCCACACUGGACUCGGCGAUACAGACAUCAAUCUAGUCAAAGCGAAUCCAGCAUACAUGCAAUCGUUGAUCGAAGCCUUCCCUCAAGUCGAUUUUGUCAUCCUCCACUCAUCGUAUCCCUACACCAGAGAAGCGGGCUACCUGGCUGCCAACUUCGCAAACGCAUGGCUCGACAUUGGCGAAGUAUUUCCCAUGCUCUCCCGAGAUGGCGAGGAUUCAGUCUUGCGACAGGCCUUGGAACUGACUCCGAGUUCGAAGAUCCUGUGGAGCACAGAUGGACACUUCUAUCCCGAAACGUAUUGGCUCGCAAACAAGCACUUCAGAGACAGCCUUGAAAGGCUGCUCACUGCCUACGUUGCGGCAGGAGAUAUCACCGUUGCUCAAGGGAUUGAAAUCGCAGUGGACAUAAUGUUCUGGAAUUCAAAUCAACUCUACAAGCUCGAUGAAGAACGCAAGUUCCCAGAACUUCUACGCGCCUGUGGAAGAGAAACGGUUGACAGCAUGCGAACUCUGGUCAACGGAGGGUCCAAAGCUCCAUCCUUCAGAUCAUAUGCCAGCACAGCUAUUGGGAGCUCUGGAGCCACUUCAGGGCGACCAGGCCCGUCGUCUCUGUCCGCCGCAGGACUGCCAGUCAGCAGCACGCCUCUCCCUCUUCGGUCAGCUACCACAAACGCCCCUUCAGGGCAGAGCUGGACAGCCGUGUUCGCCCAGAACCUUACUGUCUUUGACACAUUCCUGCAGACCAAUCCUGGUGUCAAGUAUAUAUGGCUCCAGUUCCUAGAUUAUACAGGUACACUUAGAAAUCGGAUGGUGACCGUGCAGCAGUUCCGCAAGCAGUUGUCGACGGGCAAGAACCCCGUCAUAACCUCAGCUCUCACCCGUCUACUCCAAGAUGACAACCCAGCCACCGGCUGUUCAGCGACGGGUCAGUUCCAUCUCGCCCCGGAUCUUUCGACACUGUCGCUCAACAAAGGCAUCCCAUCUCCCUCCGCCACCGUGCAGACAUGGUGGAUGGCCGAUACAGAAGCGGUUCCCAACACCGAACACUGGGAUCGUUGCCCUCGUUGGCUGCUCCAGUCGCAAUGUGACGCGCUCAAGUCGGAGUUUAACAUUUCCAUGCUGAUGGGGUUCGAGCUAGAGAUCAUUUUUAUGAAGCCAAGUUUUACCGAAGACAAGUCGGACUUUGUCGACUUUGGCCCUCUACACAUGGUGCACUCGUGGUCCAACAUGACCUAUCAACAGCUAGACAUGCUCCCCAUGAUUGAAGAGAUUGUGGAAAAUCUGGCCGAACUGGACAUCCACCUUCCGCAAUUCCAUUCCGAGGCCGCCCCGGGGCAAUGGGAAUUCCCUUUACCAGCCUCAGAACCCGUCAAGGCUGUUGAUAUUCUGUUCAAGGCCAAAGAUGUGAUCCGGAAUGUGGCCAAAAACCAUGGCCUCAAAGCAACCUGCUACCCACGCCCGUUUGGAUUCACCUGCGGCAGCGCCAACCACGCACACUUCAGCAUCAACGGGCCUGGGAACAUAGUUGACAAAUACGAAGCCCCCUUCCUGGCGGGCAUUCUCGACCACCUCCCCGCGCUGCUGGCCUUUGCUUUGCCUCUCGAAGAAUCAUACGAGCGCGUCAGGUCCGGAAUCUGGGCCGGCGGCGAAUACGUGUGCUGGGGCACUCAGAAUAAAGAGGUCCCGCUGCGUAAAUGCGGGCCGGGCCAUUUCGAGCUCAAGACUAUUGACGGAGUGGGAAACUCGUACCUGUCCAUGGCCGCCCUGCUCGCAGCCGGUCUACACGGGAUCCGGCAAGAUCUCAAACUCGAGCAGAAAGACUGCAUCGGCGACCCCACGCAGAUUGGCGAGCAGGAGCGCCAGAAUCUGGGCAUCACUGUGCAACUGCCUAAUACGUUGGAGAAGAGUCUCAAGGCCUUAGACAAGGACAAGGUCCUGAGACGAGCCCUCGGGUACGCCGUUGUCGACGAUUACCUCGCUGUGGCGGAGAGUUUGAUGGUCAAGUGUCGAGGGUUCGGCGAGACCAAGAGACGAGUCUGGCUGAUGGCCCGGUACUGA